AUGAAGGUAGAUAAGCUGCAAGCCAUGGAGAGGUUCAAAGAGAAUACAUACCUGUCAAUGGCCAUCCAAUACAGUCUGAGAGUUGUGGCUCUCGGGCUCUUUCUCUCUUGCCUCAACUGGCUUCCUUAUCUAAGGUUAUUCUUCUUGGUUUCACUUCCUAAUGUUAGCAGCGUGGUCUUUGGUCCCAACUGCUUGUUCGUGGUCUCCAACAUCAUCAUCAUCUUCCUCGUCGGUGAGUCGAGGCUCACCAGGCAACCACCUCGGCCAGAUGUGUACGAGGAAUACGUGAAGCGGCGCCGAGGUCUUCAUGGGGCAGCAUGUAGCGAGGCGAAGGAGGCGGAAGCGGAGAAAGGAUGUGAUGGACAAGAGGGAGUGGGGAGAGAGCGCGAGGAAGAGAAAGGUCUGCCUGCGGAGGAGCUCAACAGAAGAGUGGAAGACUUCAUUGCCAAGGUCAACAUGCAGAGGAAGCUUGAACCAAGAAUGCUGAUUUGUUGUUGUGGGUGA